ACGGUAUGAUAAUAACAGUACAUCUUAUUAAUCCGUAACAUAUAUUCGUGGUGGAACAUGUUUGUAAUAGAUUGGGAAAUCUCUUAAAAUGAAACGCCGUGGCUCUAUGGUCAUUCAGGAAAUAGUUUGGGGAUGGCUUUAAUUGUGACAUCAUGUACAAUGGGUAAACAGCCCAAACAACUGUUAGAUAAAGGUCCUGACUACUUGAGAACGAAAACCAACAGACAACUAUUUGCUCAUCACCGAAAGAGUGCAGUCGAAUUGUUAGCUGCCAGUAGACCUCAGUUUGUUAAAAGUACCCAAGCUUUAAAUAAAAGUUGUAGCUUUGAUAAUAGCAUUCAAGGUUCCAGCUUUGGUAAGUCUGGUACCAAGUCAAAAUCAGAAUAUAGCCUAUGCCAAGAUAUACCGGACGGUUUGGAAGACAAGAGAGAAAUUGACCAGCUAGAUAGUGGAAUAGUGAGAGUAAAUAUACAGUCAACUACCAGGUCUGAAACACACUGCUGUAUUAAUGGAAGCCAAGGAAGAAAAAUCAAUAAGUCUCACAGAAACUAUGUGGAUCCUGAUUCAUCAUGCUUUAAACAACUACACAGUUUAGUCCCAACUCGUUAUGGAAAUAAACUGAAAGAAGCAAAUAAGACUAAUAUUAAUCAGGAAACUGUGCAGGAUACUGAGCAGGAUACCAUGUCAGAAGAAGAGAAAAUGAUGGUGGAUAAUGUAAUGACAUUAAGUACAGACAUGAGCUCUACACAAGAUGUGGAUAUGGAAUAUAAAAGUGGGUUUGUUCAAAGGUCGCACUCAGAUUUGAGUUGUCAACAUUCGAGGAGUAGUCCAGUAUUAAUGGAUCGUAAUAGUGCUCGAUAUUCACGUGCAAGUGCAGACUUGGAAAAGUUCUUCAAUGGUAUGGGAAUAGAACGGAAUAUAUUAGACCCCAUGUUACGGAGGCAGGAUAAUACUACUCAAAAAGACGGUGAUAUAUUUGAAAGCAUUAGUUCUCUAGAUUCCCCGGACACUCGUAGUGUGUGUAGUGGUGUUUCAAAGUUAAGUGAAAAGACAUAUUCAAGUACAGACUGUUUAGAAAGAACAUUACAAUCAACUUCAGUGGUAGAGCGUAAUGCACGCAUAAUUAAAUGGUUGUGUAACAUUAAAAAAGCUAAACAACCUUUAACUAGUGAUUGA